AUAACGAGUCAGUCAGUGUUGCCUAGUAGCAGAAUUAUUAUCACUUGUAACCCAUAAAAAGUCAGUGUCAAAUAAAUCUGUCAAUAGUGCGUAAUAUCUCGUUGAUUUCACGUGGUUUUCUUGGUUUCGGCAUGUUUUAUAUAAUUUACUUUUGAUACUAAUUAAAUGAAAACACCAUGCAUCGACUGAUAUCAGCCAGAAAUUUGUACCAAACAAGCCUUCAUAAUAUCUCUUUACCUUCAAAUACAGCUCUCAAUAGAAGUCCUGAUAUAAAAUGUGCCUUUUGUCGGAAAAUUCUUCUAGGUCAACACAAUAUAGAAAACUUACUCGUCGCCAGGCACCAGUCCACGAGAAUCGCCAAUGCCUUGAAAGCGGUCAAGAAGAAAGGGAAACAUAAAAUUUAUAAGAAAUAUGGAGAGCUAUUGGAGGUUGGCAAUCAAGCAAUGACUGAAACCAAAGUAUCGAUAAGUAAAUUGCGUGCCGUCCAUCUCUCCAAACUGGCUGACAGCCCGGUAUCACUGGGCCAGCUGCACCAGCUAACCACAAAGCCAUCCAAGAAGCCCAUCAUCGCCGAAGUGGACCCUGAGCUGCUUCAGAGUGUCAAGGAAAAAAUAUUAAAGAAAUCCCCACCAAUAUUGUCAACACAGAUUAACAUAUCUUCAGGGCCAAAGGAGAUAAGUCUGGAGGACGAUCAAUGUGCCCUAGUUUACACUCAUCACAAAAUGUCUAGUUUGGAAGACAGAUUAAAAACUAAACAUUACGUAGACUCGGUUAAAGAGAGUUAUUAUAACUUUAGGAAAGCUACUAUUUAUGACCAGAGGUUGCAGGAUUUGAGGUAUGCCAUCACGGAAGGUCUCACCCAGGAGUUUGACAUGAUCACCCCAGAUGCCAAGUUGGAGGAGAUGCCCCUCCAGCACCUGCCAAAGAGUCCACAUUCCGUGUUCAGGGAACUGUUUAUUGAUAAUCAGAUGGAUUCCUAUGACCAGGAGCUGCUCAAUUCCUUUUCUAGUUUACAAAGCCGAGGCCUAGCCCACCCCGCCAUAGAAGACAUCUACGACGACCCGGCGUUGCACAACGAGUACCACGAGCACGAGCCGCACGACCUCGAUUUCGGACAGAGAGAGGCAGCCCUUGAGGUCAAGAGGCUUAAUGUCAAAAAGGCCAAACAAGCAAUAAAGCAGAAGAAAAAGGCCAAGUUAGAGAAGCGCAGAGCCAAGAAUGAAAUCAAUAUGAGGACUGACAUGAAACAGUUGGAGCUGCGGGGCAAGCAGGAAGCUCUGGAGCGUUUGCUCGCUGCACAUCUACAGCUGUUGUGCUCACUCAACAUGGUACAGGAGGCCCGCAAAGUUCUACAGUAUUAUCGGCAGCGGGGAGCCAAGGUGCCUGACCAUCCCAAAAUCACUGACAUCAAAGUUUACAACACGCUUCUACACGGAUACGCGUUCAUGGGACUCCUGGACCAAACGAAGGAGUUGUUAACAUCAAUGGCGACGGACGGGAUCGCGCCGAACGCACAGACGUACGCCGCCACCUUUGAGUGCGUCGAGAGAAGCAACCUCAACGAUAAACAGCCUGUUCUACAACAUUACUAUCAGCAAAUGCAGGAAAAGGGCAUAACCCUAAACGACUUGCUAGACAAAACCCAAUUCGUCCACGACCAGCGCGAGCUUGUGUUCCGCGCCGUCCGACGAAUGCUCCCCUCCUUCACCCCCCACUACACCCCCCCGGCCCUCGACUACGAGUGCCCCCUCACGGACAAGCUCAAGCUAAACCAGAUACAGAACCGCCAGGGGUUGUUGACCUCGCCGGCGGAGGGGUUGAUGACCUUGGAAGAGGUAAAGGAGAGAGGGAGGCGGCAGCUGGAGAUUGAGAUUAAGGGGGACAUUGAGGUGCAGAAUAUUGAUGUUAAGGAUGACGCCUCGCCGACUGUUAAGUUAUAUCGAGAGAAACUCCAGGCAACCGAAGCGGAAUGGAGGUCGGUGGUGCGCGAGUCGUUCGAGCGCAACCUCGGCACGCUGCGCUCGCAGAGCCUCGCCUCGCACUCCGCCAUCGCGCUCUACCCUUACCUGAGGGUGCUAGAAACGGACCAAUUCGUGGAUCUAAUAAUGGGUGAGAUCAACAAGUUGGUGGAUGGCAGUGAGACCUACAGCCCCACGCUGAAACUGUUACAACGUGACCUGGGCACGCAGGUCUACCACAAAUACCAAGUAGAACAGUACCGCAAGAACGGUGUUCUAUCAAAAAUCUCCAAAAUCUACGAGCAAUAUUGCGAAUGGUACAUGGACCGCAGCGCGUUAGGUACCGACGUACCGCUCAACAGUCGGCAGGCGUGGCAAGUGCUGGUGCAUAGGAACAGAGAGGGCGCUAGUUUGGACAUGGAGGAGACGCCGUGGCCGAUGGAGAUGCGGCAGAACAUCGGCAAGUUCCUCUACAACAUCAUCAUCAACGACGUCAAGAUCGACGUUAACAUGUUCAAGCCCAAAGCCAAGCAGAAGAAACUCCCGGCGGUGUACAAGGUGCACCGUCCUUGGGGCCGGCUGGUGCGGCUGGAGCUGAAGCCGCACCCGGCGCUGGCGCGGCUGUGGCUGGGCGCGGCGCGCGCGGCGCUGCGCAUGCGCGCCGCCCUGGUGCCGCCCUCCUCGCCGCCCAGGCCCUGGCCGCAUGCGCACGCGGGCGCCUACCUGCUGACCAAGACCCCGCUUAUUAGAAUGCCGUUCUAUAUCAUGAACCAGUGGAAGCGACUGGAGGAGGCGCCCCCGUCGGCGCUGUACCCGGCCUUAGACAGCCUCAACCAGCUCGGAGAGGUGCCGUGGGUCGUCAACAAACCCGUGCUGGACUUGCAACUCCAAAUAUUCAGGUCUGGCGGCAACAAGAAGCUAGACAUCCCUCCCCCCGCCUCGGCGCUGGAUCCUAAAGACUUCGCCGAGGCCAAGGACGCGGCGGGCGCCUUCAAGCGCCGCGUGGCCGUCAGCCGCGCCCGCGCCGAGAUGCACUCGCUGUGGUGCGAUGCGCUAUACAAGCUUGCACUCGCUAAUCAUUACAGGGACGAGAUCUUCUGGCUGCCCCACAACAUGGAUUUCCGCGGCCGCGUGUACGCGUGCCCGCCGCACUUGUCCCAACUCGGCGCCGACGCGUACCGAGCUCUACUCAAGUUCGCUCGAAAAGAGCCGCUGGGACCCGACGGGUUGAGCUGGCUUAAACUACAUGCUGUUAACCUCACCGGGACUAUGAAGAAAAGCACCGUGGAUGAGAGGUUGGAAUACGCGGACAGCAUCAUAGACAAGAUCCUGGACUCGGCUGAUCAUCCUCUUGACGGCGAGGGCUGGUGGCAGGCCUCAGAAGAGCCCUGGCAGACGCUGGCUUGUUGUAUGGAGAUCGCCAACGCCAUCCGAUCUCCGAACCCUGAAGAAUACCUGUGCGGGUUCCCGGUGCACCAGGACGGGUCGUGCAACGGGCUGCAGCACUACGCGGCGCUCGGAGGCGACGCGGCCGGCGCCGCCGCCGUCAACCUGGCGCCUAAAGAUAGGCCGCAAGACGUGUAUGCCUCAGUGUGCGCACUGGUGGAGGAGAUGCGGGCGCGGGACGCGGCGGCGGGCGUGUCGGCGGCCAUCAUCUUGGAGAAGUUCGUGCGGAGGAAGGUGAUCAAACAGACCGUCAUGACCACCGUGUAUGGAGUCACGAGGUUCGGGGCGAGGCUGCAGAUUGCUAAACAGCUCAAAGAUAUUGACGAGUUUCCCAAGGAGCACGUGUGGUCGUGCAGCCAGUACCUGACCACCAAGACCUUCGACAGCCUCCGGGAGAUGUUCACCUCCACCAAACUCAUCCAAGACUGGUUUACCGACUGCGCCAAGCUGAUCUCAGGUAUAUGUGGAGAGAGCGUAGAGUGGGUGACGCCGCUAGGACUGCCAGUGGUGCAGCCCUACUACCGCCGCGGCACCACCGCCGCCAACAGCCGCACGCCGCUUGACCAUCAACAACGUCCAUGCACCAUGAAGCAACGGAACGCGUUCCCGCCCAACUUCAUCCACUCCCUGGACUCGUCGCACAUGAUGCUGACGUCACUGCACUGCCAAGCUGCCGCCGUUACCUUCGUGUCCGUCCACGACUGCUACUGGACGCACCCUGGAGCGGUCCCGCUCAUGAAUAAGAUUUGCAGAGAGCAGUUCGUGGCGCUGCAUUCGCAGCCGAUCCUCGAAGACUUAUCUGACUUUCUAGUCAAGCGAUACAGCUACGAUGAAAGCGAGCUCGAAGGCACGUUGGGAGCGCCGAACAAGAAACGCGUCAACAGUUUGCUGAAGAAAGUGCCCAGCAAGGGCGACUUCAAAUUGAACAGCGUACUCGAUUCCAUCUACUUCUUCAGCUAGUCUAUCGAAUAUGGACUUUAUGACUGGUACUGUAGACUCUCUUUUGUUCGGGGUCGACGUAGAUGUAUGGCAAUUGUGUGUCUUGAAUAGAAAAGUGAUACGCGAAAAUAGUUUACCUAAUAGUUAUUUACGAUACAAGUGCGGAAAAGAGGAAAUUCGAAACGAGUGGCGAUAAAUUAAAACACGACCGAAGGGACUGUUUUAAAUCGACACGAGUUGCGAAUUACCUAUUCGCACAUGUAUCGUACAACGUUUUACAGUACAUAUGGCCCUUUAAACUUUUGACAUACACACGAAAAGUGCUAUUUUACGCACUA